AUGGCCCCUACCAACCCUCCCACAAAGAUUGCAAACCAAUGGCCCUCAAUCACCGAGGCGGGGUUCACCCGUCUUGAUGCCGUUGCCCCUGUCCCGGGAAAGAAUGACAAGUUCUAUGUCUUCCGCGGCUCACAAUACAUCCGAAUCCACGUUGAUGCAGCUACCCUUAAAGACAGCAUGACCGGGCACCGGGUUGCACGUGAUAUACAGACUUGGUCUACCAUCAAGAAUGCCGGCUUUACCACCAUCGAUGCCGCGAUGCGCGUACCCGGGAAGGAUGAUCAGUUAUACUUCUUCUCUGGCGGGAAAUACCUACGGUGCAAACUAGACAUGUCUUCACUAUCCGACACUCCGUAUGACAGCGUCGAUGCGACCAUGGAGGUCCCCGGACAUCCCAACCAGUUUUACAUGUUCCAUGGAGCGAACUAUGUCAGGUUCAGAAUCGACCCCGAGACCCUUCGUGAGGAUCGACAUGCGCAGGGAAAUAUUCAGGACAACUGGCCAACCUUGAAGGAAGCGGGGUUCUCCACGGUUGAUGCGUGUAUGCCUGUUCCGGGCAAAGACGAUCAGGUCUAUGUAUUCUCUGGGACUGAGUACAUCAAAAUCAAGAUCGACAAGCAAACAUUGAGGGACACUCGCGUUUAG